GUUGGGCUCGUCAGAGCUAGGUCGGUACCUCCAGGCAGGUAGAUACGGAUGGAAAAUAGACUAGUAGGCAGCCCGUCAAAGAUAUAAACCCGCCGACAUGUCCGCCAUUUAGUCCAUUAUCCCAAGAUCACACUGCUACAGACAAGCAAACAAACAAGCACUCUCCACCAAAGCCACUUUCACACAACACACAUCUCCCACUUCUUACACCAAGCAACCAACCAAAAUGCCUCUCUUCGCUCGCCGCCGCGCUCACCACACCACGGCUCCGGCCCACCACCACCAUACUACCACCACCACUACUACUACCACGCGCCGCCGUGGCCUCUUCGGCCGCCGCCAGCCCAUUCACCACCAGAAGCGCAAGACCACCAUGGGCGACAAGAUCAGCGGUGCCUUCCUCAAGCUCAAGGGCUCCCUUACUGGCCGCCCCGGCCAGAAGGCGGCGGGCACCAGGAGGAUGCACGGCACCGAUGGCCGCGGAAGCCACCGCCAUUAUUAGGGUGUCAUCGAGACACGGAAGGAUGAGAUAUGGCGGACGAGGCGGUUGUUAUGAUCAGUAACGCGGAUGAGGGCAAGAUACCCGGUUGUUGAUGUGGAUGUCUACGUUUGUUUUUCAGUAACAGCGAAGCGCGCAAUCUGGCUUUCACUUUUUGUCUGAUUAUUUGUUUAGCCCUUGGUGAUAUUACACAAAUUCCAUUAAUCUGUCCCAGACUUGCUCAUAUUCUCCUCCGG